AUGGUCCUAUGUCUACACAAUCGCCCGCCCCUGGAGCGAUUUCGAGUGCUGUGCGCUGUCUGCCUCGUCUUUGAUGCCAUCUUCACGCUGAUCUUUGUCUUGUCUGGCAUGUCAGCCAGUGUCCACUCGGUGGAGACUUUAUGCUACGAACAGAAUGGGUACUCCUGGCAUAACAUCUUGGCCUUGAGUUUCAUCGUGUCCGCGAUAUUUGCGGGCUGGGGCGUGCUGCUCCAUGGCGGAGUGGUCACAAGUGGAGAUGGUGCUCCUUUGAAGGAAGCCCAGCUGGUCGGAGUCUCUCGCUACGGCCACAUACUCGUUGCCUGGACGUUUAUAGCAGCAGUGCUGGAAGCCAUAGCAUAUAGGCAACAGCCUGCUGUUUGCAUGGGUGAUGGUGAAGCAGCCGUGGCACAACCCACGCUCACAACAAAUGACAAUGGGUUCACGGAUAUACAUGUAGAAGCUGUUUGGCACUUGGCCUCAACAGUGAUGUGGCUGGUUUGGGUUGUCGGCGCAGUUGCUGCGGCAAUGUCUGCAAAGCGCAACAUUCCCAUUCUAGAGGAGGCCACAUCGCACGCAUCGCAGAUUGCCUCGCCACAGCGGGAUUCUGCUCAGCUAGUCGGCGUUCCAGUGCAGGAUGACCUGCCCAUGGGCACAGUCACUGGCAUUGCUCAGCCCAACGCAGACGCUGCUCCUGGACAACCGCCCAUGUUCCAAGGGAUGCCUGUAGCCACUGCAGUAGCAGGCUCGAUCGGAACUGAUGGUGUUUGUCAAGGUAUGCCAGUGAGGGAUGGGAGCGGUGACGUGGCCGCCGAGCAUCCAGAAGUUACCAAGUUUCACCUUCCAGUGCAGGCCCCGUCACAGCAUCUGAACCUCUACUCGGAGCUGUUGACGCCUGCGCUCAAGUCGCGGAGUGCAGCAGGCGAGCUGGAUAGUGCUUGCGUGAUCCGCAUCCGCCUAGCGUUUAAAAUUCCAGGUAGCAAGGCCUUUGAAACUUUGGUUCUGGGUCAGGCACUUAAAAGUGGGGAGGAAUGCCGGACCUCCAAGCUACAGACAACGCCCCGAUUUCGCGGAAGGAGCUCGCUGCGCGCUGGCAGCGGUUUGGCCCAGCUAGCUGAAGUGACAACGUUGUCCAUCGACACUGGUGACCUUGGUAUCAUCAAGGAAUACGCGGAGACUGGUUUGAUCACCGAUGCCACAACGAACCCCUUGUUCGUUAGCCAAGCCGGCCUGAGCGGAGAUCCGACCUACGUGGCCUUCGUGGAAGAUGCGAUCGAAUACGCGCGUGGCAAAGGAGACGAUACAGUGGCACUGGCAAUGGACAAGCUGGCAGUGAAUCUUGGAGUAGCAAUCUCCAAGCUGGUUCCCGGCUACAUAUCCACCGAGGUGGACCCUCGCUUGAGCUUUGACAAGGAAGAGACUCUCCGGCGUGCCCGUCGCAUCAUAGCCUUGUAUGAGGAGGCAGGCGUUUCACGAGACAGAGUACUCAUCAAGCUAGCGGCCACUUGGGAGGGCAUUGCAGCGAUGGCUGAGCUCGAAAAGGAGGGCAUCACCUGCAACAUGACUCUGGUUUUUGGUUUUGUGCAGGCAGUUGCAGCUGCGCAGUACGGUGCCAGGCUGAUUUCUCCAUUCCCUGGCCGGGUGCUAGAUUGGCACAAGCGGGAAUCGGGCAAGGACAUAUGGGAUCCGGAGGAGGACCCUGGCGUCGUUGCCGUCAAGAGGAUGUACGCCUAUUACAAGCGCUACGGCCAUGAUACGAUUUGUAUGCCAGCCAGCUGGCGACCUUCCAGGGGCCCGGGCCAUGACCUGGACGAGAUUCAGGCGUUGGCUGGCGUUGAUCGCAUGACAAUCCCUCCUGCGUUCCUGGGACAACUUGCCGAGGACGACGCUCCUUUGAAGAGGAUGUUGGCACCUGAAAAGUCUGCUCAAGGAUGCGCAGACGAGGAGGUUUGCGGUGGGCAGAUGUCUGAGGCUGAGUUCCGCUUGCUCUUCAACGAAGAUGCCUGUGCCAUUGAGAAGACGGCUGAGGGCCUGAGAGCCUUCAUAUCCGACACCAACAAGCUGGAGGCGGCUAUCAAGGAAAAGAUCCAGUCCUAG